AUGUCCUUGUCAUUAGCCGAUACAGAGGCCACCUUACGAGCAGUCGACAAAGCCACGAACGAAUUGGGCUUUUGUCGCAACCGCGUCUGGGCGAUAGCCAAGAGCCUACUGGGAGGUCCUGGAGAAUUCCCGAAAUUACUCCCUUCGCUGGAAAAUUCACCCCACGAGACAAAAAAGGAAGACCAUCAGCUGUGUACUUUCGAUUUUUGCGAGCAAUCCCGAGUCAAUUUCACUCUGGUGACACAGCGCCACGAACCGCCUUGUGAUGGAAGCCGCUGUCCUCUUGAAAAUUUCCCUUCAGAAACCCUGGAAGCAGCUGUCCGCAAGGAGCAACAAAUCACAGCGUGGUAUUUAUGGGAAACGGGAACUCUUCAACACAACGAGCGGUAUAUGGCAGUAUCCCAUGUAUGGUCGGACGGUACCGGCACCGGAAGCCAAGCCCGCGGCGAUGUGAACAGCUGCUUGCUGGAGUUGUUUCAAGAAUUUGCUCUCGAAUUCAACUGUGAGGGUCUCUGGUGGGAUACUAUCUGCAUUCCAACAAAGAAAGAGCUUCGCGAAAAAGCUUUAAAGCGCAUGCACCUAAACUACAAGGCCGCGGCGGUCACACUGGUCCACGAUUGUUUCCUUAGAGAGCGCGAAUGGCGUGAUGCAGACUUAGCAUGCUUUUAUAUCGUUAUGUCUCCUUGGUUCAGCCGAGGCUGGACGGCAUUGGAGUUGAAAAUGUCCCAGACUGUUCAAAUCAUUUUCAAAGGUCCCGAGGGCCCGAUCACGAAGGACCUAGACAGAGACAUAUUACAAGCAAAGAGCAAUGAUUGCCCUACCACCAAGCAUGAACUUGCGAAAGACAUACUCAAAAGAUUUCGGAGGGAAGAAGUUGACGGAUUGGAUGAUCUUCUAGCAAUUCUCAGUUCACGCCACACAUCUUGGCCAAGAGACAUGGCGAUCAUUUCAGGACUCAUUGUUGGAAUCGAAUUGCCAGAAAACUACCCCCAACAGAAGAUUUAUCAAGAGAUUCUGCAGAAGCUUGGCAAAAUAUCACAUGCGCAUCUGUUCCACAAUUCAGCAACUAUGACGAAUGGAUACAACUGGUGCCCUACAAACAUCUAUGAUCUACCUGUUACACUUUCAGCCGAUGUCCUCCAGAUUGAAGAGAAUGGGAAUUUGUUCGGAGAUUGGAAUAUCAUUUCUCUUGAUUUUCUCAAAGACGAAAGCGUUGUCUUAGGUCAUGCCCAUCCACUCAUAGAAGGAAAGGUUCGCCUCGCCCAAAAAGAGAAAGACAAGCAUAUCCUACUCAUUGAGCCUGAUCCCACUCUUAGUGAGACUAGAAUAAGCAGAGGCCUUCUGGUCAAGCCUUCGUUUAGGCGCGAUAAGAUUCAUUUCGAUUGUUAUUGUGAUUAUGUCGGCCCGGUUUAUUUCCAUCCGCCAUUAAUCAGGUCAAAUAUCCCAAAUUUUGACCCGAAUGAUCUAUUCAAGAUUCACGUUGGAAAAGAUGAGACGACGCACGAUGGCAGCCAUCAAAGCACCGAAAGGAGCCAAAAUGCUCAGAGCAUGAUCGAGGAUAUGAAAAAUGGUUUACUCAAUCCGCAAUACAGGAAACGGGAAAGUGAUUUGAAAACACUUGACCUUACCGCAUGGGACCAAUUGAAAUUAUCAGAAGAGUUGAUAAAGGCCGCCGGUGAAGGUGAUUACAACAACACAAAAGCUCUCCUGGAGAAGAUACGGGAUCCGAACCAAAGUGAUAAAUCAGGGUGGUCUGCAUUACAUCAUGCCGUUUGGUAUGGCCAAACAAAGGUAGCCAAGCUGCUUGUCAAAAGGUUGAAUCCUCAACAGCAGACUGCCAGUGGCGAAGAACCACUUCACCUCGCGGCAGACCGUGGCAAUGAAGAACUGAUGAGGAUACUGCUGGCACGCUCUACUCCUAACUUGAAUCGAGAAGAUGGAUUGAAUGCUCUACAUCUGGCAGCGAUGAAUAAUGUGACUGGAAUCGUGGAUGAACUCUUACAAAAGUGGGAUAUCAACGCAACUGGUGUUAAGAAGCAGACUGCAUUACAUAUGGCAUCGUUUCGGGGCCAUGAAGAUGUAGUACAUGUCCUGACCAAGCAAAAUGCCAAACACGAUCUCAAAGACUGCGACCAGGAAACCGCUUUGUCACUAGCAGUUUUCAACGGCCACGUAAAUACCGUGCGGUUACUCAAAGCGGCAAAAGCUGAUCUUGAUGUCCGAGAUAAUGAUGGCUGGACUCUGCUUCAUCGAGCAGUGAACAGAGGUCAUAUUCCCGCUAUCGAGACACUCGCCAAACUAGGAGCGAAUCUCGAAGCCCAAGAUAAUGAUGGCUGGACUCCGCUUCAAUGGGCGGCGAUCAAAGGUUAUAUUACCGCUAUCGAGACACUCGCCAAACUAGGAGCGAAUCUCGAAGCCCAAGAUAAUAAUGGCCGGACUCCGCUUCAAUGCGUAGCAAGCAACGGUCAUAUUCCCGCUAUCGAGACACUCGCCAAACUAGGAGCGAAUCUCGAAGCCCAAGAUAAUAGUGGCCGGACUCCGCUUCAAUGGGCAGUGAGCAACGGUCAUGUCACCGCUGUCAAGAUACUCUGUGACCUCAAAGCUAGGUCUCAACAAGUAUAG